UCUAUCCGCAGAGUUUUCUUCCCUGGAGAAAUCUGAAAUUUAAGACUGUAUCCAGCUUGCCGAAUAGCCUUGGUCUUAGAAUACUGAGAGCCUUCGAAUACUUCUGUGGACGCUGGCCAAAGCUGUUUGGCUUCGAGCUGACACUACGCUCCUGCCUAGGAACUUGGAGAGAAGGAUUCCCUUCUCUGGAAUGGGAGGUGGAGGGAUGGAUGGAUGUUGACUGCUGGCGUUUGUCGUGCGAGGCCGCCCCGCGCGUGGCAGCGCAAACCUCGGGGCGAGCUGCCUCCGGGCUCGGGCCAGCUACGGGACGGCGCUGCGCCCGCGGGCGGGCGGCACCUGGACCCCCGCAGAGCUCGGCUAGGACGCAGCCCUGGCCCGGGCCCCCGCGGUGCUGUCCCCCAGCCUCCGACGCCAGCCGGGCUGCACCCAGCUCGCCCAGGCGGGGGAGCGCUUUGUCUGCCGUCCUCCCACCCUCUCGACGAGGCCGGGUCCGCUGCACCGCGGAACAUUGUUUGCACUUCACCUAAAGGAUCUGCACAGAGAUGAACUUGUCAGUUUAGGCUGGAGAGAUAUGAC